CGCCGGUCGGCCGUGGCGCGGUGUUGGUCGCGGUCUUCGAUGUGCCCCCGGAGCGAAGACGACGCGCAGCGCAGUGCCUCGCAGUGCAGUGUCUCCAAGUGAAGUGCAGUGAAGUGAAGUGUCUUUUUGCUCGGCCGGCACAGCCCGGCGCGGUCAUGCGCGACAACCCGUGGAACAUCCCCCGCGGCCUGCAGCAAGCCCGUCGCUCCCUGCGCGCCCUGGUCGCGCACGCCAAGCGAGGCUCCGCUCCGUCCGCGUCUGCUCCGCCCACCCCCAGUGUCCGCCCCGUCCGCCCCCGGUCGUCGACGCCACCGCUGCCGGCGGACGCGGUCGCCACCCUCAGCAGGCCGCCCCCGCGGCCCCGGCCCCGGACGACGCCGCCCCCAGCGACGGGCACCAUGCUGCCCCCGCAGCGGCCGGCGCGCCGCCCGCCCGCCAUGCACACCAUCAAGGACUACCCCGAGCACCUGAACCCCUUCCGCGACGACGAGGACGCCGCCGUGCCGCCGCCGCCGCUGGACGACGACGAGCCCCAGCUCAGGCCCACGCAGGACAAGUUCGGCACCUGGACGGUGCCGCGCCGCCGGUCGCACCUCAACUUUGACUGGUCGUCCGGGUCCUCCAAGGAAUACCCCGCGGCAGCCACAGGCAGCAACGGCAACGCACCACCGCCUCGGCCACCGGCAGGUCCGCGCCUCGCCGCCGCCGUGGGCCCCUCCGCGACGACCGCCCCCAGGCCGCCCGUCAAACCGCGCAAGAAGAGAAAAGCGCCGCCCCCGCCGCCCCCGGCCGCGGCCGACAAGGCCCAGCAGCGCCUGUCGGCCGCCGUGUCGCUGCCGCAGCUGAGCCUCCCCCAAGGCCGCGACGCCGACUCCGCCAUGCCCCAGUCCGUGUCCCAGGCGUCGCUCGCGUCCUCCGACGACCGGGACGCAAAUCGCGACGCCCGGGAAGGGACGCCCGCGGCCCGGGGCGCGGCCAGCGGGGCUAGUAGGACCAGCAGCCGCGACGCCAGCCCGGAGUCGUCGGCGUCGUCUGCAGGGCCAGCCCCGACAGCUCCCCAAGCCCCGGCGGCAAGUGACGACAGACCCGCAGAGUGUCCUGAACAGGAACAAGCGUCGGCCGUGCCUCCGAAUCGCAGCAGCUCGCCGACGGCGACGGCGUCCCCCAGUCCAACACCCCCGCGAGCGACGUCGCCGGAGUGCAGAGCCGCGUCCCCGGCACGGCACGAGGAGGAGGAGGAGGGCCGCGUCGUGGCGGACCACCCGGAAGACCGCAGCCGCAGCCCCAGCAGCACCUCCCGGAGCACACCGGAGCCGCCCCUGCCGCCACCGCCGCCGCCGCCAACGUCGGAACUAGAGACCGCGGAGGCUCGCAGUGCGGAUCAGGCCGCCGACUCGGGCAGGCUGACCCCGCACCCCGAACUCGCCCCUCCCAGUGAACCCGAGGACCGCGUCGUCGAGGACUGCCCCUCUCCGCCGCCACCCGCCUCGCCGUGCCCGCUACCCCGCAGCUCAGAAGCUAGUCCCUCAGGGCCGUCGCCCUCGCCGCCACCGCCACCCUCGCCCCCGGGGUCGCACCGAGUGGAGGCAUCAGAGCACCCCGCCGACUCACCGCCGUCGCCCAGGCUUUCGAGGCACUGCCCCCUGGCCAUGCCCGAGGACGCCGACGAGGAGGACGACCGCGAGGACGACCGCGGCCUGCAGAGAGGAGCGCCACACGGCCAGGGCCGCCAGGGCCGCGGUGACGUGCUCAGCCCCACGCUGCUGGCGUCUUGAGUACUGCAACAUGUGGCCACACUGUGAAGAGAGUUAAAUCGACUGGACUAAACAUUAGUUUGCUUCCUUGGGAAAUCGAUCAAGCAGUUGUCACACUAAUAGAUUUAGUCGUUUUGAUUUAACUUCUUUUUAUAGUGCCGCUCUGGCGCGGUUGCAGGGGCUCGUAACCCACAGGGGUUGCCUACUUACUCAAGGGCUGCUUUGCAGAUUGCCUGCCUACUUACUGGGGUGAGGGUGGGGGAGGGGUCUGUUUUGCGGAUUGCCUCCUGGCGGCCACUCCUCCCCGUCGAAGGCAUCAGAUAGGAUUCUCGGUGCGGUGCAGGACCUGCCCGAUUUUUCUUAAAUUAUUAUGAAAAUUUCCAAGCCUUGGGCGUCAUUUCUUUGUUAAACCUAAGCACUGAGGCUAGGAGAUCAGACACGUCAAUUUAAAUGAUGAGUCUGCUAGUUGCAUUGUCAAUGAUAGUGGUUAGAUCUGUGAUAUUUCUAAUGUAUUUAAAAAGUCAAUGUUGUAGGAGGAUUGAUUCUUGUGUGUACUGAAUGCACAUAUAUUUAGCUGUUAGGGACAGCAGAGAAUGUAAGGAAAUUCAAUAAAUAUGGCUCCUAUUAUAUCACAAUAAGCUGCCAUUAACAAUGAAUGUAUUUGUGAGGUGUCAUCCUGUCUAGCUUUGUUGUCCUUACCAAGUAAUAAUAAUUAUACAAAGAAAGGCAAAGCCGAUUUAUUAAUUAAAAUUUGUGUACUU